UUUGGCCUUUUUUGGGACCUGAAACCCAAGCGCGCCGAAGCCCGCGCUGAAGCGCCAGCGCGCCAUGAGCGUCGUUGGCGUCCGCGCCGCGGCGCGGCGCCUCUCCAAGACGAAGGCAGUGUUGCGGGACCCGGAGGACUUGUGGCGGUGCUUUCCCCAGGAGAAGCGCGAGCUGCUGGCGAAGGACAAGAGUUCCAAGGGCAGCUGGGACUCGCCCAUCGCCCAGCUGCUGGCCCGCAUCAACUCCCUCGAGGAGUUCUGCACCCUGAGCUCCUGCAGCGGCCGGGCGUAUCUCUGGACCCCCAGCGCGGCGGAUCUCCCGACGCCGGCUCGAGGAGCCGGAGCCGCUCCGUCGCUUCCGCGGCGGGUGCCGCGGAAGUGUGUGGCGCCUGAGACCUGGCGCUUCCACGUGGUCCAUGACGUGGAGGAGUGGGAUCCAGAACGCCACCUGAGAAAUGGUGCUGAGAUCCCCGCGCCCGACGAGGUGGUCUGGGCGCGCUUCGAGCCCUUCGUCCUGCACGUGGCGUGCCGAUCUCUGGGCACGGCCUUGGGUCUCGUCGAGGCCUCCCGGCGGAGCUUCCCCAGGAGCUCCUUGCUGUCCUUCCGCCGCCGCUUUGUGGUACAGAUCCCCGGGGAGGAUUACGUGGAUUUGCCCUACUUCUUCAGCGCGAGGGAGCUGAACGCGCCGGAUCGUGAAACCUUCGCGCGGUAUGUGGCGUCCGUGAUGGAAGACAAGUUCGAGGCCAACGCCCGCCGCAUCCGCACCCUGGAAGCUGACCUUGCGCACCUGGCGUCAGGACCUCACUCUUAA